GUAUAAAAGGCAGAGAAUAUGCAGGAAAUGAGAGAAUCGUGCUUCUUGGAAACCAAUCCCCAUUUUUCUGUUUCGAUUCGCCACUUUCUUCCUCUGUUUUCUCAAAUUCCAAUUCCGUACUCUCACACAGAAUCGCCCAAAAUCAAAAUCUCUGAUAAUGGCCACUCUUCCCGACUCUCUGUUCGGAGAACCGUCGGCUGCCGAGCGAACCACCGCGCCGAAAUCCAACACUUCUCAUCCUCCUAAUUCAGACCUAAACAAGGUCUCUAUUGAAAAGCUGAUUCUCGCUCUCCACAACGCCCAUACUCGCGAGCGUGCUUUGCAGCUUCUCUCUCAGAAUAGGAGUAGGAGUGACGAUUUGGCUGUUCUGAUAUGGCAUUCGUUUGGUACGAUGUUUACCCUUCUGAAGGAAAUCAUGGAAAUUUACCCUUCGCUGUCCAAGCCCGACCUUACAGAAAGGGCUUCAAUUAGGGUCUGCAAUGCUCUUGCUCUUCUUCAGUGUGUGGCUUCUCACCCAGAAACAAGGGUGCCAUUUAUGAAAGCCAAGAUCCCACUCUAUUUGUACCCUUUCCUUAAUACCACCAUCAAAGAAAAGCCUCAUGAAUAUCUCAGGCUCACAAGCUUAGGAGUAAUUGGUGCACUAGUGAAGGUUGAUGACAAGGAAGUAAUUUACUUCCUACUCAAAACUGAAAUAGUUCCAUACUGCCUGCGAUGCAUGGAUGUGGGAAAAGGCUUGUCGAAAACGGUUUCCACAUUUAUUCUUCAGAAAAUUCUAAUGGAUGAAGAGGGAUUGAGGUACUGCUGUCUCGUAGCUGAUCGAUUUUUCGCAAUAACUAGUGCCUUGGAAACAAUGAUGGAAAAAAUUUCAGAAGAACCCUCACAACGUCUGCUAAAACAUAUUGUUCGCUGUUAUCUUAAGCUAUCUGAAAGUCCAAGGGCUUGCCCGGGACUUGCUAAACUCCUUCCUCGGAUGCUAAACGACAGCGCGUUUACCGACCUCCUUCGUGAUGAUCCAACAGUCAUGAGCUCGUUCCAACAGUUGCUUCGCAAUGUACAUGAGAAUAGAUUACGAGAGAAUGAAGAUGAAUAUGGCACUCCCAAAACAGUUCAAGCCGCCGCCGCCGCCACCACCGCCGGGCGAUAUUGUCUUUUCUGGACUUUUCCUUUCAAGCUUUCUUCGAGGUUUAAAAAAGCGUCUGGUAGGUGAAAGUUUUCACACUCUUAUAAGGAGUGUUUUAUUCCUUUCUCCGCAUCUGAUAGGUAAGGUUUUCAUACUCGAGUGUAUGAGUGUUUUGUUUCCCUCUUCAACCAGCACAGGAUCGUACAAAAAUGUUUUUGAUAAAAAUUAAAAUGUUACUUAAUUUUUCCACCCAACUCUACUUGUAAGUAGAAGUUUUGACCAUCCAAAUUUUGAAUCGGUUAAAAUUAGUUUUACACGUUUCAAGUAACUCCCAAACAUGUUUGAAAGUGACUUUGAACAUGACUAAAGUGAUUUUGAAAUCACUCUCAAACAUGAUCAAAGAUUUCUUCUAAAUCAAUUUUUUAUAGCCCGAAUUUAGUUUUUAACAAAAAUUCGAGAUUUAAAUGGUUGGAUGAACAAUUUUUACUGAUACCAGCGUGAUAACACUAGUAACAUUUAUAAAGCUGAAUUGAACCAUAAAGAUUAAAA